AUGGACGAAGAAUACGACUUUGUGAGCGUCCCCCGCCGCGUUUCAGUUCGUUCGUCCGUUCGGUGGCCGACCUCGCUCUCAUCGAACCCGUUCUCAGAUCAUCCUCGGCACCGGCUUGACCGAAUGCGUCCUCUCCGGUCUGCUCUCGGUCGAGGGCCACAAGGUGCUCCACAUGGACAGGUCAGUCUUGGUCACUGCUCGUAGCCUGGCCCGAACCGAUCUCUGCUGUCGUCUCGGUGCGGGAACCGUCGCUCCGGCGCUCCGGAGCAGGCGCGCGUGUCCUUCUCGGCCGAGGCGGACCCGACCUGACCCGACCGAUCUGGCCACGCGCCACCACCACGACCUAUACCCACCUACCUCCGACCCAGCGGCUGACGUGCUCCCCCUGUCUCCUCUCCCCCACAGGAACGACUACUACGGUGGAGAGUCAGCCUCGCUCAACUUGACCCAGGUCAGUGUCUUCGUCAGCCCCCCCCCCAAAAGUCCCAACUCUAGAGCGCGCGCAUAUUCACACGUCAGAGUUAUGCCCUCAGUUGUACAAGCGGUUCCGCCACGCCGACCCACCAUCCGAUCUCGGUCGCGACCGUGACUAUGCCGUCGAUCUCAUCCCCAAAUUGUGCGUACGAGGCACCCGCACCACCCUCAGUGCAGUCAACUCACCGGGCCGAUCUCCCGUUCGACAGCAUGAUGGCCAACGGCGAGAUGGUCAAGAUGCUCGUCCACACCGACGUCACCCGUUACCUCGAGUUCAAGCAGAUCGCCGGAUCGUACGUCUUCCGCGACGGUCGCAUCUCCAAGGUGCCCUCGACCGAGAUGGAGGCCGUGCGCUCGCCCCUGAUGGGUCUCUUCGAGAAGCGACGCGCGAAAAAAUUCUUCGAGUGGGUCCAAAACUACCGCGAGAACGACCCGGCGACCCACCAGGGCGUCAACCUCGACCAGACGCCCAUGUCCGAGGUCUACUACAAGUUCGGCCUCGAGGUCGGCACCCAGGACUUUAUCGGCCACGCCAUGUCGCUCCACCUCGACGACACGUACGUCGACCGACCCGCGCGCGAGACGUACGAGCGCAUCCUGCUCUACACCACCUCCAUGGCCCGCUACGGUAGCUCCCCUUACCUUCACCCGCAGUAUGGUCUCGGUGAACUGCCGCAAGGCUUUGCUCGUCUAUCGGCCAUCUACGGUGGUACGUACAUGCUCGACAAGAAGAUCGACGAGGUCGUCUACGACGACAAGGGCAAGUUCGUCGGCGUCACCUCAGGCGGCGAGACCGUCAAGGCCAAGAAGGUCAUCGGGGACCCCUCGUACUUUUCCGACCCGAGCGGUAGAGGAAAGGGAGAGGACAAGAUCUACCUCGAGGGUCGCGUCGUGCGAGCCAUCUGCAUCCUCAAGCACCCGAUCCCCAACACGGACAAUUCGGACUCGGUCCAAUUGAUCAUCCCGCAGAAGCAGGUCAACAGGAAACACGGUCAGUGCUAAUUGAUAGCUAUCAUCCUAGGCAGCAAGUGUCAACUGAUGAUCCGAUUCUUGUCGUGUGACGCAGACAUCUACAUCGCCGAAGUGUCGCACAACCACAUGGUCUGCCCCAAGGACAUCUACAUCGCCAUCGUCUCGACGAUCGUCGAAACGUCGAAUCCCGAAGCCGAGCUCGAACCGGGUUUGCAAUUGCUCGGCCCGAUCUUUGACAAGUUCAUCGAGGUGGCCCCCAUCUUUAGCCCCGCCAGCUCGGGAUCGUACGAUGGCGUCUUUGUCACGCGUUCGUACGAUUCGACUUCGCACUUUGAGACUGUGUGUGAUGACGUCAAGGAUGUGUGGAGACGCGCGAUCGGGAGUGAUUUGGUGUUGAAGAAGAGGGAGGAUGGGGAAGGAAUCCAGGAGGCUCAGUGA